UUCAGUGUUGACACUGAUGGUACAAACGAUCCUAAACUACCUGUAACAGUUUUUAGCAAUGGCACCGUCACGUAUAAUACUCCUUAUAUAUUUGUCUUCUAUUGUAAGGUUGAUCUUACAUUCUAUCCAUUUGAUGUUCAAUACUGCAACAUGUCGUUCGGCUCGUGGGCACAUGAUAUAACACAGGUCAACCUAAUUCCGCCAAGUCUUAAGGGUAUUACAGACCAGUACAAGGAUAAUGGCGAGUGGAAUCUGAUUAAAAUGCCAAUAAUGGAAGAGGAAGUUCUAUUCUCUUGCUGUGAAAACCAUUUCAAAUUAUUAACUUUCCAGCUUAACUUGGCACGAAAACCUGACUUCUAUAUAUACAAUUUAAUUUUGCCAUAUGUGUUAAUUUCAGUUAUGUCUCUGUUAGCAUUUUAUUUGCCGCCAGAGUCAGGCGAAAAGAUGAGCUUAUCGAUAACAGUUUUAUUAUCUCUGAUCGUCUUUAACCAGCUAGUCUUCCAAACUAUACCCCGAGUCUCCGCAGAAAGUUUUCCAAUUUUAGGGAAAUACUUUAUCUGCAUGAUUGGAAUGGUGUCGAUGUCUGUGACAAUGUCGGUCCUAAACUUACACGUGUAUCAUAGAGAGCAUGCUUGUAUCCCGAUGCCAGAAUUCCUUCGAUGGAUCGUAUUCAGCGUUCUUGCUAAAGCUGUUGGAAUAUGCAAGCCGCACCAAGUUCCGCCUGCUUUGAGCAAGGAGUGGACGAGUUACCAAUCAGAAAAAGACGGCUUUGAAUUGGAAGAGCUGAUGGACGAUAUAGACUUCAAACCAGAAACUAUCUUAAUGACAAAAGGUGGAAAUAACGACGGUUCUCCUCACAUUGAUCGGAUGGAACGACACAUGACACGAAUAUCCAAGUUCACAGAGUACCUAGCCGCGAGGAAAAGAAAGAAGGAUAAAGAUCAGGAAAUAGCAAAAGAGUGGAGAGAUGCGUCGGCUGUAAUCGAUCGUACAUUGUUGCUGUCUUUCGCUUUAAUCACUAUAUGUUUACCAACGUUCUUCCUGUUGGCUGCCCGUGGGUUUUUUAGUUCAGAAGACAAUGUCAAUAAAUGAGAAGUUCUUAAACACAUCAUCAUCAACAUCAUCAUCAUCUACAAUCAUAUUAUCAAAUAGUGUGUUCUCUAUAUAUAUAUCAGUAUAUGCUUACUACAUUUAAUAUCAGUAUAUGAUUGAUUGAUUGAAUUUAUUCGGUGAAACACCAAGGAUAGCCCACGAAAGUCUAGAAGAAGACUUAUUUCCAGUGGUGUGCUUCUGGUGGUGAUUGGGCAGUACACCGGGAGACAA